UAAUUCGCAGGUGUUCCAGGCUAACGUUUUGCGAACCCGCAGGAACAGCACCACAGUUAUGAAUCGUCACAGUCUGUUUGUGCCAUCCUCUCCUAUCCGUAUUCCUAGCAGCCGUCUUCAUCAAAUCAAACAGGAAGAAGGAAUGAAUUUGCUGAACAGAGAAACAGUACGUGAAAGAGAAGUGCAAGUAGCAAUGCAGAUGAGCCACUCAUGGGAGGAGAGCUUGAGCCUGAGUGACAAUGAUUUUGAAAAAUCAUCACCAAAGCAAGUAGACUUUGUCCCAGUUUCUCCAGCUCCUUCACCUACCAGAGGAAUAGGGAAGCAAUGUUUCUCGCCGUCUUUGCAAAGUUUGGUGAGCAGCAGUGGGUUACCCCCAAGUCCCAGCCCAAGUCCAACAAGGCGAUUUCCGAGCAGGAGAAGCCAGAGUCCAAUUAACUGUAUUCGACCAAGUGUUCUUGGGUCAAUAAAAAGAAAAGGUGUAACAGAGAUAGAAGAUCAUCCAAAAAGAUUAUUCCAAGGAUCCACCAGCAUUCUUGUCCCUGAAGUUUCACACCAGGCGGACCUCGGGGGAUGUCUGUCGUCACAUGCUCUUGAUGACAACAGAAGCAGUGCAGGCUCUUCCUGUGACUCACCGGCUGAAGUCGGCACCAACACAGACUCUCCAGUCUCACUUUCUGACUCCAGAUCUCCUUUUUUACCAGUAGAUCUUACAGCUAAGUUACCUAUGAAUUGAGAAGCAGAAGUCUGCUAAUGGACCCCAAGAACCAGGCUGGAUAUCAAUAAGACUUUGUUAUGUGUAACUGAUCCUGUUCCUCAUAGGAACUUCCAGAAAUGUCAUUAUUUCUAGAAAACUUCCAGAACAGUUCCUUGAGGAGGAAUUCCUGUUUCUAGUGAUUUGUGUGACAUUUACUAACACACAGUAAGCAUUUGAACUGCAGACGCCUUUGAUGCUGAUAU